UGAGAGAGUCGAAAGCAGUAGUAGAGAGAGAAACAAAGGAACGGAGAGAGAAAGAGAAGAGAGAGAAAAAUGAGCAGCAUAGGAACAGGUUACGAUCUAUCAGUCACAACUUUCUCUCCCGAUGGGCGCGUAUUUCAGAUAGAAUACGCCGCCAAAGCCGUCGAUAACAGUGGGACUGUUGUCGGCAUAAAAUGCAAGGAUGGAGUUGUUAUGGGUGUGGAGAAGCUCAUUCCAUCUAAGAUGAUGCUACCGAGUUCCAAUCGCAGAAUUCACUCCGUUCAUCGUCAUUCUGGAAUGGGGGUUGCUGGAUUAGCAGCAGAUGGGAGGCAAAUCGUUGCACGAGCAAAGGCUGAAGCAACAAAUUAUGAAAACGUCUAUGGUGAACCCAUUCCUGUGAAGGAACUUGCGGAACGGGUUGCUAGUUAUGUUCAUCUAUGCACGCUCUAUUGGUGGCUCAGACCUUUUGGAUGUGGUGUAAUUCUUGGAGGUUAUGACAGAGAAGGACCACAACUAUACAUGGUCGAACCUUCUGGUAUUUCAUAUAGGUACUUUGGUGCAGCAAUUGGGAAAGGAAAGCAGGCCGCUAAAACAGAAAUCGAGAAGUUAAAGCUCUCUGAAAUGACCUGCAGGGAAGGAGUUAUUGAAAUAGCCAAGAUUAUUUACAAGGUACAUGAUGAGGCAAAGGACAAGGCCUUCGAAUUGGAGAUGAGCUGGGUGUGUGAUGAGUCAAAGCGCCAGCAUGAAAAGGUUCCUGAAGAGCUUUUAGAGGAAGCCAAGGCUGCAGCUAAGGCUGCUUUGGAGGAAAUGGAUGCUGAUUAAUAGACCUAAUCUCCAAAACUUAUCUCGUUUGUCUUCCAAAGUAGCUUAUCAUUGUCAUCCGUUUCUCCUAUCUUCAUUAGAUGGUGAUUGGCUUUUGUGCCUUGGAACUUUCCAAUUAAUGGCGAAUUUGUACUUUUAUUUUGUCCAAAAUUGUAUGUUGGUAAAUUAUAAUUUGCAUCCUGAGAGACUACCCAAAAGUACAAUAUAUCAAUGCAGUCAUUUUUACUGGUAUAGAA